GCGCGGGUCAAGGGUCGACCGCCAAGAUGGCAGCGGCGGUGACCUUCUGCCGGCUGCUGCGCCGGAGCGGCGCGGCGGCGCGGAGCCUGCCCAGGGCCGCCAGGCGCUUCGGGGUGCGGACCUCGCCGACUGGGGAGAAGGUCACGCACACCGGCCAGGUUUAUGAUGACAAAGACUACCGGCGAAUUCGGUUUGUUGGUCGACAGAAAGAGGUGAACGAGAACUUUGCCAUCGACCUGAUAGCCGAGCAGCCUGUGAGCCAGGUGGAGAGCCGGGUGAUCGCGUGCGACGGCGGCGGGGGAGCCCUCGGCCACCCGAAGGUGUACAUCAACUUGGACAAAGAGACCAAGACUGGGACCUGUGGCUACUGUGGGCUCCAGUUCACACAGCACCACCACUAGCACAAGUGCCCGUGGCCUGCGGCGUGCGUGGCCCUGUGGGGAGGAUGAGCGUGUGGCAACCCUGGCUCUGGGAAGGAUGUCCUCGUGUUCCUCAUGCUGAAUAAAGGGUGUUGUAGUCAUGGUU